GUAUCUCCAUAGAGAGAUUGUACAAAGUGAAAGAACUUUGUCUCAGGAAGACAAAGAAGAAGAUAUAACAGGAAUUUAACAGGAACAGAAAAACAGGAACCAUGCUGUGUGAGUCAUUGUCCACCAGUCCUCCAGUUCCAUCUUGAGUGUUGGGAAGAAUUUAUCAAGUAUUAUCUUAACAUGUCCCACCUUUGUUUGUUACUCACAGUGUGGUGGUUUUGGUAAUAAGCUAAUAAAAUGCUUAUAAUCAUGUAUCAUUCCACUAUAGAGUUAUUACAGUAAAGUUGGUACAUUCCUCAAGAUGUCUUAAGUUAUGGCAGUGUUUAAGUGUCUACACCCUUGUUAAUGCUUAUACCAGUGAACAGUUGCAUGCGCGCGCACACUCACACGUACAUACACACACCAAGUCAUGUUUCUAUCACUUCUGAGAACAUAACUUUCAUUCCUCAAAACGGGGGAUUCAAGUCUCCACCCAGCAUAUCCACAGUACUAUAUAUAUUCAGUUAUAGAGGGGUGGUGGAACUGCACAUUACACAACUUUGAGAGUCACUGUCAUCUUCACAGCUGAGACACAUCAAGCGAUCAUGACUUCAGUCCUGGGAGUAGCUCUGCUGGCUUUUGCCCUGUCAAGGCCCACUGUGGCCUUUGCCCCCAUCGGGGGUGGGACAUCCACUCAUAUCAGCAUUACAAGAACCGCCCUUCUGAAAAAAGUUACAGAGACAUGUCGGGCAGUGGCUGAGGCAGCUGGUCAUGAAUUCAAUCCUACGGGCUUCUCUCCCGAAGAGCUGGUCCAGGCCUGUCUAGGCCCCACAGCAAUAGGAGAAGUAUCAGGUGCCAAGUUUCACUCUGCUCUUCAACAAAUCUAUGCUCAGAACGGACUGGUAGACCGUGACUUUCUCGACAGUGCUCCACACCACUUCAACUCCGAGGCCUUUCUGGAAGGACGUGGCCUAAUCACAGAAGGCAUGGUGACCAUUAAGGCUAACAUUCGAAAGGAGAACUUCCAGGCAGCCAGGGAAACACUGGGCAGAGUCCUUCACACAUUACAGGACUUCUACAGUCACAGCAACUGGGUGGAGCUGGGAUACACAGAGCCGUUCAUCAACCUCAUACGCCCAGACCUUCCCUUGGAAAACCUGGCAGAUGUAGACACUGCCACCUGCAGUGACUGUGCCAGUGGAACAUGUCCCAAUCCCAUCCUCCCCAACAUCCUGCAGGAGAAGAAACUCACAUCAGGCUACAUGGGAAUCUUCUCUGCAGCCAAGCCCAAAGGUAAAUGCAGCCAUGGAGGUGCAAGUGACCUGACUAGCACUGCGGUUCCUCGCGGUGGCAUCAACAAAGAGGAGCGUCGUUCAGACAACGUGGCCCUCCACAGCGCAGCUGUGAAUGCAGCCAUAGCUGCCAGUCUGCAGUUGCUGGAUGACAUCCGAUUAGCUGCCGGUGACAAUGACUUUCUGAGGAUGAUGGGGAUUGCCCGCUCCUCUGUUGUGUGCUUUGUUAUUGACACCACAGGCAGUAUGUCAGAUGACAUCGAUGAAGCCAGGGCAGUCGUUAAUGAAAUCAUUGACAGCAAAAAAGGAACACAGGAUGAGCCAUCUGAGUACAUUCUGGUGCCCUUCAAUGACCCUGAAUUUGGACCUAUGAUCAGGACAACAGAGGCUGAUAAGAUGAAAAGAGAAAUCUCUAAACUCACAGCAACAGGAGGCGGUGAUACCCCUGAGAUGUGCCUGUCAGGACUUCAGCUGGCUCUCACUGGUGCCCCUGCCUACUCCCACAUCUAUGUUUUCACUGAUGCUACAGCCAAAGACAUCGACCUCAAGGACACUAUUGUUGCUCUUAUCAGGAGCACCAAGUCAAUCGUGUCUUUCUUAAUCACUGGAACCACUGGGAGGCGUCGUCGUUCCCUCAGAUCUGCUUCUUUUGAUGAUUACAAAGACCUGGCUUUGGUCUCUGGAGGCCAGGCCAUCCAAGUGACUAAGAAUGAGUUGCCUCAGGCCACAGAUAUCAUCCUUGACACAUCCACUUCAGCUCUGGUGACAGUUCUUCAGCGAGCGAGGAACCCUGGGAAGGAGGAGACCUUCCCCUUCAUAUUGGAUGAAUCUCUGAAAAAUGUCACCAUCUACAUCACAGGAACAUCCAAUACUUUCACACUGACUAACCCUGCAGGUGUGAGUCAGAGCCACAAUGAGGCCAAUGGCAAACUGGGGAUCAUAAAGUCAGUGGGCAACCUGAAAAGAAUUCAUCUUAAUGCUGACAAGCAGACAGGAACUUGGAAGAUAAACAUAAAGUCCAACCAACCAUAUACACUAAAAAUCACAGGACAGAGUACAAUUACCUUUAUCUAUGACUUUGUGGAACGCUUUGAGGGACCUCACCCAGGAUAUGCAGUACUCAGUGGGCGUCCACAAGCAGGGCAGCCGACCACCCUGAUGCUCUCAGUAAUGGGUAGGAAAGGUCCGUCCUCAAUGGCUACUGAAGAUAUUGGCCUGGUAACUGUGUCUGGUGCUGAGAUUUUGAGCAAUAGCACAACAACUGACAUGGGCAAUGGAGACAUCUUGGUGACUGUUGAUACAGUCCCUGAGGGGGAGUUUGUGGUCCUUCUGAGAGGAACUGACAAACUGUCAAACAGCAAAUUUCAGAGGCAGUCAACCACUCAGAUGUCUGUCUCCAGAGUGAAUAUCCAGGUGGUGGAAAGCAGCAGUGUGGAGCCAGGGAAAGCUUCCAAGUUCCCCUUCAGUGUCAUGACCAAGGGCUCUGGUGGUCAGUACUCCAUUACCGCCAAAAAUGACAGAAACUUCCAAAUGUCCUUCCCAGAAAGCCUCACUUUGACGACUGGACAAUAUGCAAAUGCCACUUUGACGAUUACGCCACCUGCCGACACUCCAUCGGGAACAGAUGUCACUUUGACUAUAGAAACCAAGUCGUCCAGCGGUGAUGACUCCAAUUACAAUGUUUUGAGAUUCUCUGUUGUCUCCAAGAUUACAGAUUUUAUUCCACCUGUGUGUGAAAUUGUGACUGUGGUGGCUGAUCACUGCCCUAAAGAUGUGUCUCAGUGUGGACCUUUCCAUUGGAAUCUCUCAGCCAACCUUACUGAUGGAAACGGCACUGGGAUAGACAGUAUUUCAUUGCGUCAGGGCAGCGGAAACCUCACAUACACCUCCUUGACUGUUCCCAUCAUUCAGGCAAACUACGAAGCCUCCUGCUGCUCAGAGAUUGUUGAGUUUGUAGCUGUAGAUAAAGUUGGCAAUGUGGGCAAGUGCUAUCAUUCCAUUGUACAUUCUGCUGGCCCUCCUGCUUUCACCCUGUCACUGCCACUAUGGUUUUGCCUGCUGGUAUCUGCCUUCAUAGCAAAGUUUUGAAGGCCUCAGGUGAGGUUGCUGAGAUACCCCUCUUAUCACUGAUUAGGCAAUGGAUGAUGAAUGUGUAGUUCAGUUGUUACAUAUCACAUAUUCAUGAAAGAGCAAACAUUCACUUGUUUCAACAUUUCAGUCUUGCUUACAAAAAUUGUGAUGCUUGCAAACGCUGAGGUGAUGCUCUCAGAACAGGCAUGAAAAAUUCAGUGUCUAAUCUGAACAUAAAACAAGAUACAUUUCCCGUUAUAUUCACAUUAUACAUAUUCGUCACGGGGAAAAUAUAUGCAUGAGUAAAUUAUCUUCAAAGGACACACUGAACCACCUGUAAUGAAUGUCUAAUUUGCUGUGUUUUCAAAUGUAAUUUUUCAUUGUACAACAUUUAAUUCACUUUCAUUGUAUCUAAGUAGUAUCAGAAAUGUGUUGUGUCUGACUUUUUUGUAUGUGUACCCCUCUUUUGUUGUACCCUAUAUAAGCAUAAGACUAGAGACGCUUCAGCAGAGUGAUCCAUAUUGGCUGGGAUUCUCUCACAUGCAUGUGCUUAAUUUGAUGCUGAGCUUCAUGUAAUAAACUUCUUAUGAAAGCAA